AGACCCUCGGUCUAUUACGACAUUCGAAACCAUCUACCGGACCCAUAAUACAGAUGGAAUUUCACUUGCUGAAGCAAGAUCUUGAAAGUUCCGAGCAACCUAGAGGAUCAGAAACCAUUGUAAUUAAGAACGAAGAGUUUGCGCUAGCGAGUGACGGAUUUGAUAACAAUGGUUGGUCGAGUCCACAGGUGAAAGAACCUUUGAGCCCCUGCAUUCUGAGACCGAAGCCUGAGUCUACAGAAACGCAAUCGUCAACGGCAUCUCCUGAUACGCCUUUGUAUCCUUUGGAGAAGGAUGCACUGAAUUCCGAGGCACAAUGCACUUCCGAACAGUCAUUGGAAACUGAAGAGGAUGCCUCUGUGAACCAAUUAGGAGCACCUUGCGGACUGGAAAAUGAUGUGGGGACAACACCAGAUGUUUUCCAACAAGUUCAGCAAGUACACAUAUGUAGCUUUUGUUACACUACCUUUUCGCGAUCAGAUGCUCUAGGAAGACAUCUCCGUGCUGUUCAUUCGAAUCAAAUUAUCCACACCUGUGAGUACUGCCAGAAAAAUUUCGCCCAUAGGGCUCAUCUCCAGAUUCACGUAGACUCUGUCCACCUGAAAAAGCGAGAUCACAAGUGCGAGUUAUGUGAAAAAACGUUUUCCUUAAAGACUUGUCUCCGGACGCACAUAAAACUUGUUCAUUUAAAAGAGAAACCCCACAGCUGCAGUCAUUGUGACAGGCGCUUCUUUGACAGGACUACAUUGAAGAGGCACAUCGAUAUAACACAUUUCAAGCAACGCCCCCAUAAAUGCGAUCGCUGUAAUCAAUCGUUUACUGCUCUGAACACUUUGAAAAAGCACAUCCAGAGUGUGCAUUUGAAAGAGAAGCCUUACAGCUGUGUUCACUGUGACAAACGCUUCGCUUGGCAGAGUUGUCUACGAAUCCACAUUGACGCAGUACAUCUGAAGCAACGCCCCCACAAAUGCGAUCGUUGUAAUCAAUCGUUUACUGUGCUGAACGCUUUGAAAAUUCACAUCCAGAGUGUACAUUUGAAAGAACGUCCCCACACAUGUGAGCAGUGUGGUAAGUCGUUCGGUCGACUCUCCUAUUUGCGAAUGCAUCACAAAGGCGUUCACUUGGCGCAACGCCCAUAUACGUGCGAACAGUGCGGUCGAUCAUUUUACGGGAAGUGCAAUGUGCAGAGACACAUUAAAUCUGUUCAUUCCAAAGAACGUCCCCACACAUGUGAGCGGUGUGGUAAAUCGUUCGGUCGGCUCUCCUAUUUGCGAAUUCAUCUCAAAAACCUUCACUUUGAGAAAUCGACAGACGGAGACUAA